AUGGCAGGCCCGGAAUCGACCAGCAUUCCGCACCCGCAUCUACUUGACCCACAUCCCGGACCCGGCGAUCGAGGGUCGUCAACAAUCCCCCACGCUUCUUCCUCGGACGGAACGGGAAUCGGCUCCUCGUCUACCGCCAUGAGCCAAUUCGGCAUCACGCCAGCAGCUCCCGUGUUUGACACGCGCACUCUAGUCCCGGACGACGCGACGACGCGCGCCGGGCCGGGUGUGAACACUUCGAGCGGCAAUUUCACGAAACACGACCAUCCCCUCGCUUCGGGUCCCAGCGACUCGUCCCAGCCAACCAAUUAUCCUACCUCCUCUGCGCCGGAACGCCGCCUCCACCCGAGCGACACCACCAGCUAUCCUCCGCAACAACUCGCAAACCUGCACUCGCUCGCUCUCUCGCGGAGCAAUUCCCAAGGCACGGCUUCUACCAACGGCGCCGACCCCGUAUUUACCCCGCCUACUAGCGGCGGAAGGUUGAGCCCCGGCACCGGCAGUGCCCACGGCUCCAGUCAAGACUCUUCCUCACAGCUUCACCAGCUCUCCCAGAUUGCAGCCGCCCAGGCGAGGAUACCCGAAGACGCGACCGCCGACAUGGCCGACAUGACCCAGGGCGCGUCCAGGAAACGGAUGGCCGACGGCGUGGUCAAGCACGCGCGCUCCAAGUCGAACGUCUCGCCAGGGCAAGCGAUCGGUCAUUCGAGGAACACGAGCACCGUUAGUGUGGCCUCGACGGCUGGCAGCCGUAUUGGAGAGCUCUCGGCAGAGUUGCGAGCGCGUUUGUCGUACGCAAUGGUCAAGGUCAACCACGGAUGGCAGUCACACACCAUUGACCAAGUCGAGACCUUGGCCUCUCAGGCCGCGUCGCCCGUGUCAUCAUCUUCGACAGUUCACCUGCGUAACGGCUCCUCGACGAGUCCCCGGCUCUCCGCCGGGUCACACCGGGGCAGCAACAACACGACUCCAGCGACGGGUCCACAACCUCCAUACCCAGGCCGGUCAGGGGAAGCUCAGUGGAGAACCUCUCCACGGUCCACAUCACGAGGGAGCUCGGCCUCUCCGGUGAAGGCCAGCCAUGGCCUCGCUCCCCCAGUUUCCAUCCACCCGUCACAACCCAUAAACCCGCGAAGAGAAUCGAACCCACGGCACAUCCCAGCCUUCCUCUCUCACCACACCUCGCCACACCUGAGCACGGCUCACACCAGCCCCUACGUCGCGCCAGGGCGACCCCGAACCAUAUCCGACGCCAUGUUACUCUCCCCGCACACUAAUGUUCGCGAACAGGACGCGAUAGAAUCGCUCCUCUUCAUGAGCAGCCCGGGUAACUCGGCCAACCUUAAGCACGCAUUCCCCACCUCUUCCUCCCAGCCGCUUCCGUCCACCCACAACAAUAAUUCUACCCCACAACGAACAGCACUUCCCAACUCCCAGCCUCGCAAGAGUCUCCCGUCCGGCCGACCGCCGACCCACGCCCGCUCUCAGUCCCACUCCCAACCACACACGCAAAAACGCGUCGGUUUCGAGAAAUCCCCGUCCACCAUGGAUAUCGAUGACCCGCCUUUUGCCGGCUCACCCAUGUCCGUCUCCCGUGGCACGCCACGCCGGCGUAUCAACGGCGACCACUCUCACCAAUCCCCACGGACACAACCCUACUCGCACAGCCACAGUAUCGGCCAUACUGCCCCAACGCCCCGAAUGAAACAACUGCCUGUUUCCACGGGAUUGACGGUGUCGUCGAAACCGCGGCAAGCCCUGGGGGAUGAGGAAAUCGACCGCAUGCUGGAACGGGCCGCAGCCGCAGCGGAGGGGGAGUCGGAUUCAGAUGGAGAGAUUGAAUUACCGGGAGGACGGGGGGUGGAGGGUGUGGUGAGAGUUUAG